UUCUUCUAAACAUGUGCUCGAGUCCCUCCGACCAAAUGUAACAGUAUUGUGGUUGUUUAUUUAAAAUCGAAUCAAAAUGGGUAAGAAAAAAGGAUUCAAUGCCAGGGCGAGGAGCGUCGCCAAUAUCGAGGUCGACGACUCGACGACGAAAAAUAUCAACCUGGACUUGGAUCAUCGACAAGAGCAAUACGAUGCGUGCAAUGCAUUGGUUCUGCCGAGCGAAAAGAGAAAAACAAAGAACAAAGACAAACCGCUAAUCGUGAAGAAAUUACUUUCAAAGAAAAAGAGGAAAUUACUUGAAAAAGUUAUUGAAAGAAAGGGAAAAAAGGAAAACAGAGCCAAGCUACUGGAGGAGUUGGCUAAGGUGAGUAUUCCAACAGAAGAACUCCAACAAUAUUCAUCUUUGGUAUCGAUGCAAACGAAAGGUUUGAGAAAGCACAAACGUGAUUUAAAUAAACCUGUUGAGGCGAUUGUUCGUAAUGAAACCAGUGAAGGACAAAAUGAGUCUAUCGUUGAUACAUCCAUGAAAGGAGCUAGAAAACGACGAUUAGCAUUGCUACAUGAUUUUGAUAAUAAAAGGAGAGUAAAAGAUCCAAAUGUGCUAGGAUUAGAGGAAUCCAGUGAAUCUGAAAGUGACUCAGGCAGUGAUUCAAAAAGUGACUCUGGCAGUGAUUCAAAAAGUGCUGAAACAGAAAACACAGAACAUGCAAAAGACAAAGAGCCAGAAAACAAAGUUAAUGAGAAAGCUGGUACCAACGAUAUCAGUGCAGUUAUUGAUCAAGAAGUUAAAAAAAAUGAUUCAAAAUGUGAGAAAAAAAUUGAAUCUGCAAAUGAAAAAAAAAUUAAUAAAACUGUCAAAGUGGAUGAAAAAAAAAUUGACAAAACUGUGAAAGUGAAUGAGAAAAAAACAGUCAAUCAUAUAGAGCCGAAAUAUAAACGUGUCAAUGUAGUUAGAAACAAGGAGAUAGAAAAAACUCGUAUUAAUUUACCAGUAGUACAACACGAGACAGAUAUCCUUGAAACAAUCAAUGAAAAUCCAGUUGUUAUCAUUAAGGCAGCAACAGGAAGUGGAAAAUCAACGCAAGUGCCGCAGUUUUUAUAUGAAGCAGGAUAUGCUACGGAUAGAAUGAUUGCAAUUACUCAACCUAGAAGGGUAGCUGCAAUUUCAAUGAGUGAAAGAGUUGCUGAAGAAUUAUGUUUAUCAUCCAAAGAAGUAUCAUACCUUAUACGAUUUGAAGGUAAUGCUAAUCCUGAUACAAAGAUUAAGUUUAUGACUGAUGGGGUUUUAUUGAAAGAAGUACAAAAUGAUCGUUUAUUGAGAAAAUACUCAGUAAUUAUAUUGGAUGAAGCUCAUGAACGUAGUGUACAUACAGACGUAUUAAUUGGGUUAUUGUCUCGUAUAGUAUUUGCAAGAAAUAAAGCAGGAGAUCCAUUAAAGCUCAUAAUUAUGUCAGCUACUAUGAAUCUCAUGGAUUUUUUGGAAAAUGGAAGACUAUUUCCAAUUGAUAAUAGAGAAUUAUUCCCUAGCUAUCCUUUGGUGAAAAUUGAAGUGGAACGCAAAUUCAAAGUUAUAGUUCAUCAUAAUAGAAUAACUCCUCAAGAUGAUGGAUACAUAAAAGACGCUAUAAGAAAGGCAGUCAAAGUGCAUACACAACACCCCACCGGUGGAAUUUUAAUAUUUUUGACAGGCAAACGUGAAAUAAAUACAGUGGUUCGUCAAUUGAGAAAAGCAUUUCCAUACCCUAAGAAAAACUCGAAGAUAAAAUCCAAAGCAAAUCCGAAAGAAAACGAUGAAGAUAAAAAUCAAAAAGAAAAAUCAAGUGAGCGUAGCGAUGGUGAAGAUUCAGAGGACGAAUUCUUCAAAGAGGGUAGAAAAGGUCAUAAAAAAACGUCUGCAGUCCCGAAACUAUUACAUGUUGAUCUUGAUAAAUACGACAUCGUACCGCCUGAUGAUGAUGAAGACGAAUUUAAUGAUUCUGAUGAUGGUUGUUCGGAUGACGAAACUGAAGAUACAGACGUCGAUUUAAGUAAAAUCAAAGAUGUGCAACCAAUGCGCGUGUUACCUUUUUACUCGUCGUUGCCACGCGAUGAGCAGGCCAAGGUCUUUGAAAAAUGCCCAAACGGAUACCGCACCUGCGUUGUAGCGACCAACAUAGCUGAGACAUCUCUGACGAUUCCCGGCAUGAAAUACGUGAUCGACAGUGGAAAAACGAAGAAAAAAUUUUACGACAAAGUGACCGGAGUCUCGACUUACAGGGUCACCUGGUGCAGCAAAGCUUCCGCGCAGCAGCGCACAGGUCGAGUGGGGCGAACAGCCGACGGCGACUGUUACAGACUCUAUUCGUCCGCGGUCUUCAACAACGAUUUCCCGGAAUUCGACGAGCCGGAGAUAGUGCAGAAGCCGGUCGACGACAUAGUAUUGUUCUUGAAGCUGUUGGGAAUCGACGCGGUCGGCCGAUUUCCGUUCCCCACGCCGAUCGAGGCCGAGCAGCUGCGAACGGCCGAGGAGCGACUCAAGGUGCUCGGAGCCAUCCAGGCGUCGUCGCGCAGAAUCACCGAGCUGGGCCGAAGCAUGGCCGCUUUCCCGGUGUCGCCGCGCUACGGCAAGAUGCUCGCUCUGUCCCACCAGAGCGACCUGCUGCCCUACACGAUCUGCAUGGUGGCGGCGCUCUCCGUGCCGGAGCUCUUCGUCGCGGAGGACAAGAGGCAGGAGACGAGCAAGCAGGACAAGAGCAAGUGGAUGCAGACCAGACUGUCCUGGGCCAGGACCGGCAAGAACUUUUUGCUCGGCGACGCCAUGGUCCUGAUUCGGGCCGUCGGCGAGGCCGAGUUCAAGCACGCCAAGAAUCAGUUGACGCGAUUCUGCCAAGAGAACGGCUUGAGCGAGAAGGCCAUGACGGAGAUAAGAAAAUUGCGCCAGCAGUUGACCAAGGAGAUAAACAUGCUCGUACCCAAUAUCGAUCUCAAAGUAGACCCAAGUAUGCCGCCACCAACUGAAGUACAGGCCAAAUUGCUCAGACAAAUCGUUCUAUCAGGUACGAUCGAUCAGGUCGCGCGUAAAUUAACGUCCGAAGAGAUAGCCGAGUGGAAGAGAAAGAACGACGAUACAGGGGGUAAUGCCAAGUGGAAAUACGCCUACAAAACCACGACGAUGGAGGAUCCGGUAUUCAUGCACGUGACCUCUGUGCUGAGAGCGUCGGCUCCAGAAUGGGUCGUGUACCAAGAGCUGUACGAGCCCGACAUCCACCAAUCGAACGAAUCGGACCAGCCGAUAAAACCGAGAACGUACAUGCGGGGCAUUACGGCUAUCGAGCCGGAAUGGUUGCCGAAAUUCGCCACCUUGUUAUGUAAUUUGAACGAUCCGAUGCUGGAACCCGAACCACGAUACGAUGAAACGAGCGGGCAGGUACUGUGCCACAUCAAGGGAACAUUCGGACGAGCUGCUUUGGAACUGCCGCUCAUGGAAGUUGAGCAUCCUAAAACUAUGGACGGUAUCAAAUGGUUCGCGAGAUUUUUAUUAGAGGGUCAAGUUUUUCCGAAAUUGAAGAAAUACAACAGAAAGAACGGAGACAACCAAAGAGUUCUUCUGACGAGUCCGUCGAGCAUGACAAAAUCGUGGGCCAAAUUAUUGCCUAGAGUACAAUACAUCACGAAUUCACUUAUGUCAAAGGGUAUCAUGUCGAGAGAUAAGCUAAAAGAAGAAUGGUGCAAAGAUCCUACCU